AUGGAUCUGGCUGGAUCACUCCCAGACGCGGAAGAGGAUCCACAUAUGGGCUCCAAAAAAGUCGGAACUACCGUUGAAAUGUCUGAUACUUUGGUAUCUAAUAUUACUGAUGAUGGUUGGAAAGUUCAAGGCAGAAAACGCAGAAAUUCCCGGAAAAGACCUGAACGGAGCGUCAUUAUGGCGACAACAACGGGAUCAAUCCUGACUGAUCAGAAGGGUUCCUUGGGGUCAACCCCAUCAAUGAAAAAUACCUCCUCUAAUUUGAAUCCUUUCCUGGUGUUGGCUGAAAUAAGCGAAGAAGAUUUUCAAUAAGCCACACCAAGAAGAUGUUUAUGUCUCGGAAACUGAGACAAUUGCUGGCCACUGAAUCAAUGGACAGCAUCGUGCUACUCUCGUAGACUGAUGAUUAACGAAGAAAGAAACAGGCCGUACUUUCUAUCUCUUUCGAAACCAAAAAUCAAAAAA